GAAUGUGAUAUUUUUUCCAGAUGGACGGCUGACGAUUGGAAAACGUUUGAAGACGUGUCAUGCACGUACCUGCCCUCAGGCGCCGAAGGCACGUCUGUCAUCCAUGUGUUUGACACUUUCCGGUUUGCAUUCUGCGUGCCGAAAGCGGGCAAAAUGGACAAAGAUGGACAAUUGCUGUCACGUCUCAGUCUGUGUGUGUGCUACAGGGCACAUGACACCAACGGCGACUCUCAGGAAUACUGGGACAACAACAACGGUGCCAAUUUCGUGAUGGAGGCGCCGAAAGUGCCAAAGAGCCAGCCUCAGUCACCGCCGCCGCCUCCGUCGCCGCAGAAGGCGUCCUUGUUUAUGCUGCACCAGCAGAGCCGACACCUGAUGGCCAUUAGCAAUAAGGUGACUGAUGCCCAACAGGCCAAAGUGACGUCUUGGUCAGAAUUUGCCAGUUGGAACCACCUGACAAAUGAUGCACCAUACUGGUGACAUCACCAACAAGAAUAACUGGGCUGUGAUAAUCCCUGGUUCUUCUAACUGCUGAUUCUUCUGCAAGUCAUUUUUGUCCUGUUGUGGUGAUGGUGCUGCGCUUUUUAUAUCUCUGGUGUGGAUGCCAGUAGCAAUGCAGAGGAUUGAGUCCAAACUACUACUACAUACACUGGCUGAUGGUACACCUCUGCUCAGCCUAAUGUCGAUGAGGUCAGUGCAGUUUUCAUCAGCAUUCAUUA